CUUCCACACCCUACAACUCUCUCAAACCACAACACACACACCCAAAACAGCUCUCUCUCUCUCUCUCUCUCUCUCUCUCUCUCCAACCGUCAUCCCCAUGCCCAUGUAACCAACCUCCAUUCUUGUUUCAUUACCACGUCCCAAACAAAACAUACCCAAAUCAAAUCUGGAAUCACCAUUCACAAUCCUAAACUGAAAAUUUUGCCUCGGCUUUGUGCCAUGGUUAAUCACCAUUGGACAAGCACAAACUCAAUCCAUUCUUUGAGUACUUUGUGCUGUCUUCUUGAGUGAUUUUCCCUCUUCACAUAUUUUACACAUUCGUAGAUUUUACACCAGUCGGGGAAAUGAUUCUGACGAGCAGAGCUGGUGUUAAUAAUGCCUUUUGGGUUAUGAAAUUGCUAUUCUUUCUGAUUCUCCUUUCGGGGUUUUUCCCAUGUGCUUGGUGUGCCGAUGGAGAUGACGACAGCCAAUCCAGUAAUGCUGCAAUGUCGCCCUUUGUUACGGCGCUUAUAUACAGCCAGAUAUCCAAUUUCACCUCCGUAUUUAACAAAGACAUCACCGAAAAUUUGGGCUUUUGCAUAAAGGAUGUGGAUGCUGAUUGGAAUGGAGCGUUUAAUUUUUCGAACAAUUUGGAUUUUGUGACCAAUUGCGUUAAGCAAAUAAAAGGAGAUGUUACACGGCGACUAUGUACUGCAGCAGAAAUAAAGUUCUACUUCAAUAGCUUCUUGGAGAGGGGGUCGUCGAAUGCUCAGUUUUUACGGCCAAACAAGAACUGCAACUUGACCUCUUGGGUUCCAGGUUGUGAGUCGGGGUGGGCUUCAACAGUUGCUCCAAAUGUGAAGGUUGAGCUCAAGAACUCAAAGGAUAUACCAGAGCGGACUCUUGACAGUCAGCCAUGUUGUGAGGGCUUCUUUUGCCCUCAGGGUAUUACUUGCAUGAUUCCUUGUCCCUUAGGUUCCUAUUGCCCAAUUUCGAAGCUCAACAAAACUACCGGCAUAUGUGAUCCAUACAAUUACCAACUUCCUCCUGGAAAAGUAAAUCAUACCUGUGGUGGAGCAGAUACUUGGGCUGAUGUUACUAGUAGCAGCGAGAUGUUUUGUUCAGCAGGAUCUUACUGUCCAAGUACUACCCAAAAGAUUUCAUGCAGUAGUGGACACUAUUGCCGGAUGGGGUCUACAGCAGAAACAACAUGUUUCAAGUUGAGUACCUGCAAUGCAAAUACAGCAAAUCAAAACAUCCAUGCAUAUGGGAUCAUUCUUAUUGCUGCGCUGAGUAUUGUACUCCUCAUUAUUUAUAAUUUCUCCGACCAAAUCAUCAGUACUCGGUAUAAAAGGCUGGCGAAAUCCAGGGAAGCGGCAGCAAGAAGUGCGCGCGAAACUGCACAAGCGAGAGAAAGGUGGAAGUCAGCGAAGAAUGUUGCCAAAAAGCGCGCAGUGGGUUUGCAGCAACAAUUAUCUCGCACAUUUUCACGGAAGACAACUUCUAAACAAUCAGAUCAACUCAAGUUACCAGGUCAUGCUGUAUUACCACCAAUGGUCCCCAGUAAUCCAAGUUCAGCUCAGCAAUCAUCUCCUGCUCCAAAAGUAAACAAAAAGGAACCCAGCAAUCUCACAAAGAUGUUGCAUUCCCUCGAUGAUCACCCAGAGAGUAAUGAGGGGUUUAAUCUGGAGAUUGGUGAUAGAAAUAUCAAAAAGCAAAUGCCUAAGCAGGCUAAACAGUUGCAUACAAAGAGCCAAAUAUUUAAGUAUGCGUACGGUCAACUUGAGAAGGAGAAAGCUCAGGAGCAGAAGAAUAAGAAUUUGACUUUCUCGGGAAUAAUAUCUAUGGCAACUGAUGAUGAAAUCAGGACGAGGCUUCCAAUUGAGAUUGCUUUCAAGGAUCUAACCCUUACGCUGAAAGGGAAGAAGAAACAUCUAAUGAGGAGCAUUACAGGGAAAUUUAUGCCCGGUCGAGUUUCUGCUGUCAUGGGCCCAUCGGGAGCUGGGAAAACGACGUUUCUUUCUGCUUUGGCAGGAAAGGUUGCUGGGUGCACUAUGUCAGGUUCAAUUCUUAUAAACGGGAAAGUCGAUUCCAUUCACUCAUAUAAGAAAAUUAUUGGUUUUGUCCCACAAGAUGAUGUUGUACAUGGAAACUUGACAGUGGAGGAGAACCUCCGGUUCAGUGCUAGGUGCAGAUUGGCUGCUGACUUGCCGAAAGCUGAUAAGGUUCUGGUUGUUGAAAGAGUUAUUGAGUGCUUAGGGCUGCAGGGUGUGAGGGAUUCCUUGGUUGGAACUGUAGAGAAGAGAGGAAUUUCUGGAGGCCAGAGGAAGCGAGUAAAUGUUGGGCUAGAAAUGGUCAUGGAACCUUCACUUUUGAUCUUGGAUGAGCCUACAUCUGGUUUGGACAGUUCCUCUUCCAAUUUGCUUCUUAGAGCUCUUCGACGUGAAGCUCUUGAAGGGGUAAACAUCUGCAUGGUUGUUCACCAACCUAGCUACGCACUGUUCAAGAUGUUUGAUGACUUAGUACUUCUUGCCAAAGGUGGUCUUACUGUGUACCAUGGAUCUGUAAAAAAGGUGGAAGAAUACUUCACGGGCCUUGGAAUUACUGUGCCAGAACGUGUUAAUCCUCCAGACCACUUCAUUGACAUUUUGGAGGGUAUAGUUAAACCUGGCACUGGGGUGACUGUUCAACAGCUUCCUGUCAGGUGGAUGCUUCAUAAUGGUUACCCAGUACCCCCAGAUAUGAUGCAUUUUUGUGAUCAAAUUGAAGCAUCAUCAAGGGGAACAAAUUCAAAUCCUGAUGUGGCUUCUGAACAAUCUUUUGCUGGAGACUUAUGGCAGGAUAUGAUGUUCAAUGUUGAGUGUAAGCGAGAUAGUCUAGAGCACAAUUUCUUAAAAACCCACGACUUAUCUAACCGAGUUACUCCUGGUGUGAUGCGCCAGUAUAGAUAUUUCCUCGGAAGGGUUGGCAAGCAGAGACUAAGAGAAGCUAAAAUACAAGCAGCAGAUUAUCUGAUCCUAUUACUUGCUGGAGCAGCAUUAGGAACUCUUGCUAAAGUGAGCGAUGAAACAUUUGGCGCUCUCGGUUAUACGUAUACCGUGAUUGCUAUUUCGCUCCUGUGCAAGAUAGCAGCCUUGAGAUCUUUUUCACUGGACAAAAUACAUUACUGGAGAGAGAGUUCAUCGGGCAUGAGCAGUCUAGCUUAUUUUCUCUCCAAGGACACAAUAGACCAUUUCAACACAGUCGUCAAGCCUUUGGUCUAUCUUUCCAUGUUCUAUUUCUUCAACAACCCCAGAUCCUCCUUUCAAGACAAUUACGCAGUUUUGCUCUGCCUUGUAUACUGUGUGACUGGCAUGGCCUACGUAUUUGCCCUCUUGCUCGAACCUAGUCCAGCCCAACUGUGGUGUGUUCUUCUUCCGGUUGUUUUGACUCUUAUCGCGAACCAGGAUAAAGAUACUGCAGUUGCAAAAUAUGUAGGAAACUUUUCCUACCCAAAGUGGGCUUUAGAAGCUUUUGUCAUUGCAAAUGCUGAAAGGUACUCGGGGGUGUGGCUUAUAACGCGGUGUGGUUCAUUGAUGGAAAGUGGCUACGAUCUUGACAAUUGGACUCGCUGUCUGAUUUUCCUCGUACUCAGUGGUGUACUUAGUCGUUUCAUAGCUUUCUUUUGUAUGUUGACCUUCCAAAAGAAGUGAUCACCUCUUCUCUUCACGAUCUUAAUAACAAUUUUGAUGUGUACAAAAAUAGAAAGUUUAGUUGUGAUUAUC